GACAGUAACACUCGCAAGUACUCACUGACUGGUGUUGAGAACCAAUGGAGUCUGCAGGCUGCCGAGCUUCAAGCUACUUGACGGAUCGAUGUUGGAUUUUACCAGUUGUAGCGGCUUGCGUAACAUUUGCAGCUUCAUUGGUUGAGUCCAGCAGGGGGUACCUGUACGUCCUCUACAUGGAGAAGUUCAACGUCGACCACGGAGUAGCGUCGUGGCCAGACAGCAUACUGGUAGCCAGUGAGCAACUGUCAGGAUUUGCGAUAACACUGCUGCAGAACAAGCUUUCCGUCUUCUACAUCACGAUACUUUCCAUCACUGCUUGUGGAGGUGGAGUCAUAGCAGGCGCCUUUUGUCCAAAUAUCAUCUGGAUGACAGUUGCAGUUGGAGGACUUUAUGGUUUCUUCCGGGACACCCUGGGAUCGUACGACAACCUCUACGCCAUGCUAGGUGCCGUAAAUCUCCUUGCUGCAGCGAUGCUGUCUAUCCUCGUUUACCGUGACUGUGCUCACCGUAAAGCCAACUGGACGCUGGCCAAUUGUAAUCGACCACAGCGUCCCAUUGGCGAAUGUUAUAGUGCUGAUUUUAGCUCCUGUUUUCGUGGGGACACGAUUGUUUAUUGACAAGCCUGAGUAUUGACAAGCGUGAGAAUUGACGAGCCUGAGUACACAGCUUCAGACCUGAAAUUACGCAUAGUGUAAAUAUUUUGGGAGCAUUUCAUUGGUUCGUAGUUAAUACACAAAUAAAUAUGUUGCAAUUGCCGUAAAAGGAAUCGUGUUCUAGCGGCGUACGUUCUUGUGGGAAUAUUCCAUCCUAGGAACAAAUCGUUUCCCAAAAUGCUCAAGGGGCGGUUAUAGUGCAGCAGCUACAUUCAGCUCGCCGACACUUGUUACAGGCUGUUUACAGCAUGCUUGCGCAAUGUGACUGUAAACGCUUUGUGAUAAUAGUGGAUCGAAGAAGCAAUUUCAUUAACGAAU